AUGCUUCCUUCUUUGACUGUGAAGCGCGGACUUUCGCUAAGCUCUCGUGCUGCUCCUACCUUGCGCGCUUCUGCGCGCCUCCCGGUGAUGGCUCGCGCUACCCUGCGUACCAGCGCGAUCCUUGCUGAGGAUGCCAAGACGGGUCUGUACGACUUUCAUGUGAAACAUGGCGCAAAGAUGGUGCCUUUUGGCGGUUACUCGAUGCCCUUGACUUACGAAGGCGUCGGUCAAGUGGCUUCCCACAAGCAUGUGCGUGAGCAUGCGGGUCUUUUUGAUGUGGGCCACAUGGUGCAACACAUGUUUGAGGGUCCUACAGCGCUGCGCUUCCUGCAGCACUUGACUCCAUCGUCGUUGACAUCGCUGGAGCCUUUCUCGUCGACACUCUCUGUGCUCCUCUCGAAGGAGGGUGGUAUUCUGGAUGAUCUGAUUAUCACGAAGCACAACGAUGAGAGCUUCUACGUCGUGACCAAUGCGGGUCGUCGUACGGAGGAUCUUGCGUGGAUUACCGAGCAACUCAAGGAAUGGAAUGAGAAGCAUAAGGCCGAGGGUGAGACCAAGCACCGCGUACUGGAAGGCCGUGGCCUCGUCGCCCUGCAAGGCCCAUCGUCCGCGGAGGUGCUGCGCAAGUUGGUGCCGUCGGACUUUGACCUGAACACUCUGACGUUCGGCAAGAGUGCGUUUGUGCAGGUGGCCGGCGUGGACUGCCAUGUGGCCCGUGGUGGCUACACGGGUGAAGAUGGCUUCGAAAUCUCGAUUCCCUCGGCGGCUACAGAGAAGGUGACUGAGGCGCUCCUGAAUGACAGUGAGGUGCAGAUGGCUGGUUUGGCUGCGCGUGACAGUUUGCGUCUCGAGGCGGGUAUGUGCCUGUACGGCCACGACUUGGACGAGAGCGUGAGCCCGAUUGAGGGUGCUCUUGCGUGGUGUGUCGGCAAGGACCGUCGUGCUGCGGCCGACUUCCUGGGUGCGGAGCGUGUGCUUCGUGAACUGAAGGAGGGCCCACCACGUCGUCGUGUCGGUAUUCUUGUGGCGGCUGGUUCGCCUGCUCGUGAGGGUGCCAAAGUCUUUGCCGAGGACGGUACGACGGAGAUUGGCCGUGUUACAUCAGGCAUUCCUUCGCCUACGCUGGGCAAGAACAUUGCUAUGGCCCUAGUCAAGAAUGGCUACCACAAGAAGGACACGCCUUUGCGUGUUGAGGUGCGCAACAAGAUGCGCGAGGCGCAAGUAACACGCCUGCCGUUCGUCCCUAACAAGUUCUUCCGUGGCUAA